AUGGAAAAUUUUCUGCUUAUUCUUUUCUUAAGUUUCACAAUUCUAUCUUCAAAGGUCUAUGCCCAGCAAAAUUAUUCAGGCAAUUCCGUCAUGAGUUGUAAAGGAACCAAUGAAACAGGAACUUAUUCUUCUUUCCUCUAUUCUUGCAAUGGUGAAAAGCUCUCCUGUCGUGCAUUUCUGAUUUUUAGAUCACUCCCUCCUUAUAAUUCAGUAUCUUCCAUUUCAAAUCUCCUAACUUCGGACCCUGAUGAGAUUGUCCACAUCAACAACAUCUCAAGGUCUGAAAUCUUGGAUCAGAACAAAGAACUUAUAGUUCCAGUAAAUUGUUCGUGUUCAGGUCAGUACUAUCAGGCUGUCACCUCUUAUGUCAUACCAAGCAAAUACGACACCUAUUUUACAAUCGCAAACAACACGUAUCAAGGGUUGUCUACCUGCAAUGCCCUUGUACAUGAAAAUGUCUACAAUGCAAUGGAUUUGAUUCCUGGUUUAAAUUUGCAUGUACCACUCAGAUGUGCCUGUCCUACAAAGGAUCAGACUAGAAAUGGUGUGAAAUAUCUGUUGACUCAUUUGGUUACUUGGGGCGAAAACAUCUCUACCAUUAGCGCUCAGUUCAGUAUCAGUAGUCAAAGUACAGCAUAUGCAAAUGGUUUUUCUGAAAAUUCAGUUCUUUAUCCUUUCACAACUAUAUUGAUUCCUCUGACAGAAAAGCCUUCAAGCUCCCAAACAAGGACUAUUAAUAUAGCACAGACUCAAAUCAUUUACCCUUCUAAGAACAAAAUAUCGUACAAAAGUAUUUUUAUUGGGGUAGGAGCUGGUGUUUCCCUUGCAGUCCUUUGUUUUAUCUUGUUCAUUGUCUUAAAGCAUAAAAAGGAAAAGAAAAGUGGUGAAGUAGUGCUUGGGAAAGGAAGAGAAGGGAAACAGAAAUGGAAUUUAACAGAACAUAUCCUGGAAAGAAUAGUUGGUGUGGAUCAAAUGAUAAAAGUCUUUGAAUUUGAAGAACUGGUGGCUGCAACAGAAAACUUCAGCCCUCGAAAAAGACUAAGUAAUUAUGUUUAUAAAGGGUUCAUUCGAGGAAAAUUGUCAGCUAUUAAGGAGAUGAGAACAGACAUAUCGAAGGAGGUUAAGUUCUAUUCAAAGAUAAACCAUUUCAAUUUAAUUAGCCUCACUGGUGUCUGUAAGCAUAAUCAAUUAUCCUAUCUUGUUUUUGAGUUCAUGGAAAAUGGAUCUUUAAAAGAAUGGCUUUGCAAGGAUGAUAAUCCAGAGGCUGAGAGCUGGAACUUCAGAAUUCGUAUUGCCUUAGAUAUCGCUGAUGGUCUAGAUUACAUUCAUAACUUCACAGAUCCAGCUUAUGUGCACAAUAACAUUAGUAGUAACAGUAUCUUACUUAACAGAGAUCUAAGGGCCAAGAUUGCAAAUUUCAGCCUGGCAAGAUCAGCUGACAAUGAAAAGUCAAGUUCAUCUAUAAAAUGCGUCAAGGGAAGAAAUGGCUACUUGGCACCUGAGUACCUUGAAGCUGGUCAGGUUACUCCAAAAAUAGACAUCUAUGCAUUUGGAAUUGUUCUAUUGGAGAUAAUUACAGGAAAAGGGGCUGUUUUCGAGCAGGAUGGAAAAGAAGUAUUGUUAUCGGAGACAGUGCUUGGAAUUAUGGAUGAAGAAUCUAACAUUCAAGAAUUUGCAGAUUCCAGGCUACAAGUUAAGCACCCUCUUGGUUACAUAAUUGAACAGACUGAUCUUGUGCUUCGAUUGGUGAAACUAUGUGCAGCAUGCUUGAAGACAGAACCUGAAGGAAGACCAACUGCUGCAGAAAUAAUAUCUACCUUAAUGAAAAUCCAGUCAGAUGUACAAAACUAG